AGGUUCCGGUUGCGAGGUAACGCUAGCUUUUAGCUAACACAGUCCAGUGUUUCUAUCACAUUAUUCUGAUAUAAUUUGAGUAUUAUAUGAAACCUUAAAGUAUUUGGGUAACGAAAUUAAAUUUAAAAGAUAAUACAAAGUAAUACUUAUUUGUUUGUGGUUAAAACUGUAAAACUGUAAAACUGUCUAGCGAGCUAAGACUGGCAUUUGCCCUGCGCAUGCGCACCAUUUUGGCGCAUGCGUACACAGGCCGGUUAGUGACUGCGUUGUAUGGUGGUAUGCGCCCGGCAGCUGAUUUAGUUUACUUUAAGUGUAGUUUUUUUGAUAGCUAGUUUAGGUAGGUAAUUAUUUUAGGUGAAUUAACGAGCCAGGUUGAUUUUUGUAACGUUUUAAUGUGAUAUAUUUAUUGGACAAGAAACCUAAACGUAAACUGACAUCAUCUCGUUGAUUAGCUCUGUAGAGUUUUUCCCCAAACACAUGCGGUUUUGUGAAAUAUAGUCUCUACUAGUGGAGAACAUGGGUCCAAAAAAGAAAAAUGCCAUUCCCGACAGAUGGACUGAUUAUAAGGCAGUGGGGAAACGGAUCCCUGGCACGCGCUUCAUCGCAUUUAAAGUUCCUUUAAAACAGGCUUUGAGGAGGCAUCUGAGUGAAUCAGAAGUGUUUGGACCCUUAGAGCUCAUGGAUGUGUUGAAGAAGGAGGGUGAAGAACUUGGCCUCAUCAUUGAUCUCACCUUCACCACACGCUACUACCAACCCCAGGAUUUACCAGAUACACUGCACUACCUGAAGAUAUUUACAGAAGGACAUCAGGUGCCAAGUGACAAAACCAUCCUGAGCUUUAAAAAGGCAGUGAGAAGAUUUCUGCACGAUAAUCAGAACAAUGAUAAGCUGAUUGGUGUUCACUGCACCCACGGCCUAAACCGAACUGGAUACCUCGUGUGCAGAUACCUGAUCGAUGUAGACGGUGUUGAACCUCAUGAAGCCAUCGACUUGUUCAACAAGUCACGUGGUCACGCUAUUGAGAGAGACAAUUACCUGGAUGAUCUGAAAUCGGGACCAAAACGCAGUAACAAAGGAAUGGAGGAACCAGAGCAGGAGCCUGUCAGGGGUGGAUCCACAAACUGGAGGCAUGACUCGACAGCUGUCCAAGAACCUCACCCUUAUUUCAGGAGGAGACAAGAUGAUCAGGAUCACUUUGAACCUUUCAACCAGAGAUGGAGCAACAACCAGAGAUGGAGCAACGACCAGACGAGAGCCUGUCCACCUCCUCUAUUUCCCACACGCCCUCACAGGGCUCCUCCUCCUUUACUACCUACACCGCCUUUCAGGGGGCCACCUCCUCUCCUACCCACACCACCUCUUCUGGGUGCGAGGCCUGGUUUUAGAGCGGGCCAUUACCCUGCUCCUCCUCCAAACCCCAACUUCAUGCCACGUUACACCUUCGGAGAAGCGCCUGGACACACACCGAAAAAACGCAAAACUCCUCAUAAACACCCCACAAAUUCUCCAUACUCACACUGACUGUAAACACUGCGUUCACUUCAGCCUUAACAGGGGUCACAUUAACAAAGGGGUUACAGAUUAGCAACAUUUUAUUGAUCUUUAUCAUUUUAACUUUAAGAGGUAUUUACCAGGUGGGAAACUACACAACUGUUUUGUUAAACUUUUUAAAAACUCAGUAUGGAGGAGAGCAGACUGUUACUCUUAGACAAAUGCUGUCUCUCAAAUCAUCUGUUUCUAGUGCACUAUGCUGUCUUCUGAGAGUAAUGUGAUCUGUACUCUGAUAGAACCUCCAAGAAAUGAGGUGUGGAAUUAUGCUGCUCUCAGCCUUAGCUACACACCUAAAGGGAUGAAGACACUAGAGGCCACUGUGGUGGGUGUGGUCGUCCUCCUGAUAUUACCCUUAAAAAAGUACACUUGAGAACUCCACCCUGGUUAGAGUAGUUUACAUAAUAUAGAUAAAGUGUUCUUACUGCAGGGAGAGCCUUUUCAUGCAAUUCCAUCUUAUUAAAUCCUUUUUAAUUCAAUACUACGUUGUAAUAAUGCCUAGGUAACAAGCUAGCAGCUCCAUAAAAUAACAUAUUAAAUAUAUCUGGCUGGUUAACGUUAAACUGAGAUACAGUUAUUGGAGUAGUUAAACAUAACAAGCUAGCUAGCAAUUUCACUAUUUGUGGUUAACUACUCCGGUAACCAUCUAUCACUUUAUUGCUAACUAGCUAGUUAAGUUUAAUCUGAUAAUGGCUUUGUAGUUGUAGCUAGCCUUUGUUAACAUGCCUUUAAAUAAGCUAGCUAGUUUGCUUAGUGGCAAGUUAACACGUUGGCUAAACAGCCAAAAAAUGUGUGGGUGAUUUUAAAAGAGAGAAAAUACCAAGCUAGCUAGCUCCUUAUGCUUAAAUACUCGAAUAACCAUCUCUCAGUGUACCACUAACCAGCUAGCUAUAUUUAAUACAUUAGUUUAAGGUGCUACUGUCUAAUUGGUUAUAGCUAGCUUGACAUCAGUUGCAUUAAAUAAACUAGCUAAUGUUACAAUGUGCUACCAUUAGAGUUUGUUAUAUUAACAUAACUAGAUAGCUAGUUUAUUUAAUGGCAAUUUAAAAACUCUACCUAGUUUUAGUGACUAGACACGAAUUUUAUUGAUCAAAAAAUAUAUAUGGGUGAUUUAAAGGAUGGAAAACUAACAGAAAUAUUCAAAUUUGGAGAGAGAAUUUUAGGGUGGCCAUUUUGGGUCAUAAACUGGGUGGUUGUUAAUGAGGUGGCUGUUAUUUACACAAAGCACAAAAUGUUAGCAGUUUCAUUUCAAAAUGUUUCUGCACUACAAACAUGCAGGUGCUAAACAGUCAAAUACAAUGUGUAUAGUGUUCAAUCUGACAAGAACAUUCGGUUUAAGAUGAGUUGCCUUCUGACACUGCCUUUGUCAUGUGACUGGUCAUGUGACACAUUAGUAAAUUAACUGCUGCUUUUUCCAACUGUUGCUAAACUUUUAUCUGAAGGUCAUCAUCAGAUAUGCAUUUUACUUAGCUUAUUUUUCUAUUUUGUGUUUACAUGAAGUCAGUUAUUGUGGUGAAUGUAUUUAUAACUGUCACACACAACAUGAUUGGGGUUUUCUGCGUCUGUAAAAGUGUAGUUGUUUGUGUGUCUGUCAUAGGGUGGGAUAUGGUUAUAUGAUCAUGAUUAAAAAGCUUGAAGCUU